AUGGAUCGCCCUGAACCUGGGCUCGUCAAAUGGUCGUCCAACCCUUCAUAUGAUAACUUCAUUCAUAUCAACCUGCAGCACCGCGUUGUUCAGGUCUACGAACCAACUGGUCAUGCAAGAGCUGGGAAGUUCGACUACCAGAAACUCGCCCGCCACGAUGACUUUCCUCCCCUCACAACCUACGAUUGGUCGCCAACCAAUCCCGGCCUUCUUGCCGUUGGUACGGGCAGUGGCAUUGUGAAUUUGCUCAGGAUUGACGAUGGAUCUAAUGCGUACGUGGAGCUGGGCCUCAAGAUGUCUCGUACUUGUCAAGCCGUCGCGUUCAACACAACCGGACUAUUAGCAGUUGGCCUGGACAGAGUGCGAAUGGAUCAAUGCCUUCACAUCUGGGAUGUCAGUCGAUUGUCUUCAAUAGACAAGAACACAAAAGGGUUUCCCUCGGAUGCAACAAACAUUGCUGAACCAAAAACCCGCCUUGAACCUAGUGUCUCUGUGUCAAGCAUAAAAUUCUUCGAAGACAGCCCCCAGACUCUUGUUGUGGGCAUUAAGGCUCAGGGUCUUCGAAUACACGACCUUCGAGACCCUUCAAGCAUUGUCACAUUUCAAACAAAGUGCAACAACAAUCUUACAAUCGACUAUGCUGAUCAGAAUUAUUUUGCUUCUUCCGCCCUGGACCACCCUGGAGUAAUGAUCUGGGACCGUCGAGCGACAUCUCGACCCGUGGCUUCUCACGCAUACAUGCAAGCAAUUGAGGAGGAUGAACUUCCGUGGGGUGGAGCAUUGCGUCUUGACCGGGUCAUCGAGACUGAUUCUGACCCUUUCUUGGCCGAUGGAAAGUAUUCCCUUGUUCGGUCACUUCGAUAUUGCCGUGACCAUCGUGGUUUGAUUGCUGUGCUAUCUCGUACGGGACAGCUCAAGGUCUUGGACACCAAUAAAGAGGCCCCAUCUUCUGGGUCUAGCAACCCGGAACUUCUCCAAGUUCAAAAGUCUUAUGAGAUGGAUGUUUCAUAUGUCGAAACAUCAAGGAAGAAUGAUCGCAUUGUUGCUUUUGACUGGGUGACAUUGAGUUCCCCCGUCCUUCGUCCACGGCUCCUCGUUUUACGAGCCAAUGGAAACUUUGAAAUCCUCGAACAACCAUCGCAAACAUCAGAUCAUGUUUACAAACUUGUACCAUGGAAAGCACCUCAUCGCGGUCUCGAAGAGGGCGCCCCAUACCACAGCGUGAUGCAGUUUGAGCCAUCCCAAGCUCCUGACAUGCUAGGGCCUCUUCUUAUCGAAGAAGCUUUGUCAGAAGUGCCAUUAUUCGGACCAGAGAGUGCAAAUGUCCGGGCAGAUACGGAGGCCUUACUGAAGGCAAAUAACAUGACUUCAGUGGUUAUAGAAGAUAUUGGGGCAACCACAAGGCCACUUCCUGAAGCCUUUCACAAAGCCUCCACCGUUGCAGCUAAGAUAAGAGCCUUGCGCGCCUUCGUAAGAGACGAGUUCCAAGCUCCAAAGGGUAUAAAGCCACGUGCUGGAGACACAAAGAUUGUCGAAAGCGAGACCAGUGAGAUGUCCCUAGCAUCCGAUAGCUUGGGCUCAUGCCGAGAAAUCCACGACGCAUUGUUGGCUUCACUAGCUGAGGCUGAAGGUCUGCCCCGAGAAGCACAGAACGUACUUGAUCACAACAUGUUGUUACGUGCUAAAGAGAAAUACCUAUUCGACGCAGUAGCAAACAGAGACAUUGUGGCUGACGAUCCGUGGGUGAAAUAUAUAUGGGACUGGGUGGCGACUGCUGAGGAUAACGCUGAUGAUGGAGGCAUGGUACUCUCAAAUAUUGACCUCAGCUACGUUGGUGUUCACUCAAUAUGGACAAAUAAUCUUGGUGAAUAA